GCUUAUCAACUGAGUAUAAUAAAAAGAUUGAGAAAAUAAUAAAAGUCAGUCAGUGUUUAGCUUAAUUGUCCAGUGGUAUCUUAAUUGUAACAAUGUACUUCAAGUGUCUUAUUUUGAUGACAAUCAGUCAAAUCAUUUCUGGUGCUAUUAUAACAGGUAAACGUAAGUCAAUAUUUUCUGGAACAGAAUUAAAACAAUUCUGUGAAACAAUUAAAAGCGACCUUAGCACCGGAACCAAGCCAGAUGAAGCAAUUAAUCAAAUUGUCAAACAAUUUGAGCCUAAACUGACCAGUGAUGAUGAUGGGUCAAGAUUAUCCAAGUUCAAAGGGAUACUUGAAGCCUUUAAGAAUAUUGUUGUAUUGAUUGAUCAGGAAUCAUUGAAAAACUUAUCAACCAGGAAACAGGAAGCAGAAAUGAAUGAUAAUAAUAAUGAUAACCCUAAUGAUUUAGUUGAUAAUGAGGAUAAACCAGUUGAUAACAAUCAAGUUGAUGUCAUUGAUUCAGGUGAUGAAAUUACACUGGACCCUGAAGAAGGAGGUUCUGAUAAUUAUAAUGAAAUUGAUAAUGAAUUUAACUCAGAUGAAGGAGAUUAUGAUGUUUGUGAGCUAAUCAAUUAUCCUGAUUAUAUUGAUUUAGAUGAAAUUGAUAGUGAUUUAAUUGGUUAUGAUUAUGAUAGCUAUGAAUAUGAAUAUGAUUUUGAACCAUUCGGCUUACGAUUUAAUCUGCGACUUUCAAUAUCAGCUGAUUAACUAAUUGUUAAAUCCAAAAAAAAACAACCUCAAUGAUUGAAAUCAAAUUAUAAACACUUUUAUGUUAAUUGUUGUUAUAUUAAUAUAUUAAUUGGAUAACCAUAAAUUGUAAUCAACUGAUUGAAUUUAAAUUGUAUUGUGAAAAUAAAAUUUUCAAUAAAACUUAAUUUUUUUU